AUGCACCACAGUCCAAGCUCCCUCGAAAGUGAAUCUCGAGUCCGCACCAAUGCCAAAACCUCCACACCCACCAUCUACACCAUGGCCAAGAACAAGAAACGCAAACUCCACACCAGAACGCCGGCUUCCUCUCGAUCACAAUCAAAGCCUUUCACCACCAAGCCAAACUCUGCAGCGAAGAAACAACACCCCUCCCCCACAAUCCCAUUCGACCCCACCAGCGAUCGCAUCCUCCUCAUCGGCGAGGGCGACUUCUCGUUCGCAAAGAGUAUCGUGGAAGAGCAUGGUGCUUGUGACGUGACGGCGACAUGUUAUGACGGGAAGGAAGAGUUAUUCAAGAAGUAUGAUCCACAGGCUGAAGAGCAUGUUCAGUACCUUGAAGAGGGACAGACGGUGCUGUACAAUGUCGACGCGACGAAGCUGGAUGGGAAUAAAGCGUUGAAGAAGAGUGGAGGCCAAUUUGAUGUGGUGAUGUUUAAUUUCCCGCAUGUGGGAGGGAAGAGUACAGAUGUGAACCGGCAGGUACGCUUCAAUCAGGAACUGCUUGUGAAAUUCUUCACAACGUGCUCCACAUUGCUCUCGCAAGCUGGCACAAUCGUCGUCACGCUAUUUGAAGGUGAACCGUAUACACUCUGGAAUAUUCGAGAUCUGGGACGGCAUUGUGGGCUUGAGGUGGUCAGGAGUUUCAAGUUCAUGGCCGAGGCGUAUCCGGGAUAUGGUCAUGCGAGGACGUUGGGGAAUGUUGAAGGAGGUGGGGGCUGGAAGGGAGAGGAUCGUGAGGCGAGGAGCUAUGUUUUCCAGAAGAGGGUGGAGGAUAAGAGUGGGGUGCCUCUCAGGCAGCAACAGUUGCGGGAGCAGGAUAGGAAGAAGAGGAAGAGGGAAGAGGAUAGUAGUAGUGAUGAGGAUGGGUGA